AUGCGCGGGAAAUGGCUUUGCUCCGCUGCGCUCCGCAAAGGCAGUCGCUGCGCUCCUGCGAUAAAAAGAUUCUCUCACCUGGCGAGACCAGUGCUCGGCUCGCUGGAAUGCUCGUCGCUGGGCCCGCCUCCGCAAAUACCGCGCGGCCCUGCUACGCGGGCACCCCGCGCGGGUUUGCUGCGGCUACGCUCCUCGCAACCGCGAGCCUCCGUUGGUCCUCUUCUAUAUCACAUUCACCCCCCCCCCCUCGACCCCCAUCAAAAAAGACUGUGUACGUAA